GGUAGCUGUCACAAGCUUCAAAUCAAUUUUAAAAUUUUCGUUUGGCAAAAAAUUUGUAAUUGAAUUUUUCUUUUCCAUUUUAUUACAUUUUUUCAACAGUCUGCACAACGGUUGUCAGAGUAACGGUACAAUAAAACGUCGCGGUGGUAAUUCGCUUGUUCGAUAUUUGAAUGAAGACCUUUUAAUGAACCAAGAAAUAUUGUAAAAUAUUUUUUUCCAUAUUUUUUUUUACAUUUCCCAACAAUAAAACAAAUAACGGUAUGUCGGUUAAAAACGACUUCGCGCGCAUUUUUGUACAAUUCGUGGAUGAAUGCAAAGAGAGCGGUUUGGAAAUCGACAAAAAUUUCGCGUAUUUCUAUGUGCAUUUGUUGGCGCGCGACGCACGACUCGGGCUGCGUCAGGAAAUAGCGGACAACUGCAAAUUGCUGCAAUUGAAACGGAAUGCUAUUCAACUGUAUAAGAAUAAGACAGAUCCGACAAUGAGUAAUCUACUAAUGACCUAUUGUUAUCGAAAUUUCCGCGAAUUGAAUAUCAAUAAUUUGAAAGAAAUGUACGAGGCGAGCUUUCAAAAGAAGCUACAAACUCUCAUCGAGGGCAUACUACAAUAUCCGGAGACGAGCAACGACAAGCAGCUGGACGAAAUGCUCUACAAGAUGCAGGUCUUCAUAAUAGCCAGCUACAAUAUUGGCGAUCCGAAGAAUCAUGUUCUCUUGAAGCAGACGCGACAAAGUCUUAAAAGCGUGCUCAGCCAUGGAGAUUUGCAAAACUUUGUUUUGAAGAAGCGUUAUCAUCGUUUGGAGUAUCUACAGCGUUUGACAGCCACUGUAUGCGGCAUACUUAUCUACAAUAAUUGUGAUCCGAAUGGCGAGCGGGAAAAUAUGCGUGACAUCUUAACCGAUAUACAAAUGGCAAAAACGAACACCAGAGAAGCGCUUGAAACUGCUAUAGAGGAUAUCAAUCACUACAUAGCGACUGGCAUAGAGGCUAUAGGCAAGCUAAUAGAGGUGGAUACAAAGCAUAAGAAGGUCCACUGCAAGUGGCCCAUUGAAAAAGUGCGCGAAAUCAAUAAAUACGUAAUAUUGUUCAGUUCAUAUGAUAGACUACUGAAAAAUAUAGUCGAGUCUUUCGAGAAAACGGAAUAUCUAGUGAGUUUGGAUCAAAAGAAGAUGGAUUGCAUAAUAGAGAAAAUUAAUGAAAUACUAAAAUAUCGCACAGCAAUCGAAUCGCAAUUGGUGUUCCCACAUUUCAAGUACCUCUCGCAAUUGUGGACCUCAUUAAUGCUGUCGCUGAGCCACUUGGCCGAAUUGAAUAGGCUCAAAGAGCUGCUGGACGAGUAUGUAAGCGAGGAAAUCAAGGAGAAUUUUUGCAAACUUUUGAAGAUAACCGAAGUGCGACGCAAGGUGGUGAAAAAUGAACUCCUACAAACAUUCGGUGAACUUGUGGAACGCACCAAUAAAGCGCAUCCCGUUAUGACAUCACUGCAGAAAGUCACAGUGAACUUUCAAGAUUACUGCGCGCUAACGAUCGCACUAACUAACGGUUUGCUGACACCCGCUUUUCUCACGAAGAAACUUUGCGAAGACUCACAAUUUCGUUUCGGUUUUGCCAAUAUAGAGUUCGCAAAAUAUGCCGAACGUUAUUUCGAAGAAUUCAUACAUACACUAAAGACGGCUAUUUACACUUCAGUCGAUCUCAUUUUACUCUUCGGACUGGCCGAUGUGCUGCUACAAAAGGACUUUGUGGACGAGCAUAAGCAACGUAGGAGAACACUAGUGUCGGCGAGUGGCACACAAACGGAAAUGGUUGUUGUAAACGAUCUCACGCCCGCAAAUCGCAUAAAUGUCACCUGGAAUCAGUGGGACUUUCAUCGCGAAACUAUACACUUGGCGUAUAUACGAAAACUACAGACGCGUUCGCAGCAGACCGCAUUGUCGUUCGGCACCAUGAAUGCGCAAAACGAAUGCUUGCCAUACGGACAUCGUACAAAUUGAUUGUUAUUUUUGUACUGUGAGAUUUUUUUGUCUUUCAAAUAAAUGUGUGUAUAUAAACUGGG